AUACAGGUGCCACACUUCCUCAACACAGAAUCACAGAGCGAAAAACCGAGAGGAAGAAAAGAGUAACUUUCAUGAAGCUGUGGUGAAGAAGAGGCGCAGCUGACUUUGCAGUACGAGGUUCCUCUGGCACUCAUCACCAUGGCUCCUUUCCUGAGGAUCGCCUUUAACUCAUUUGAUAUGGGCAUAUUGCCACCUUCAACUGACCAGCCCUUCUGUGCAAUCAAGUUGAAGGAAGCUUUGACUACAGAACGAGGUAAAACAUUGGUUCAGAGAAAGCCUACCAUGUACCCGGCUUGGAAAGCCAGCUUUGAUGCACAUAUCUACGAGGGCCGUGUGCUCGAGAUAUUGCUUAUGAAGACAGCGGAGGAGCCACUUGCAGAGGUCACUGUCGGUGUCUCUGUUCUGGCUGAGCGCUGCAAGAAAGCCAACGGGCGUGCCGAAUUCUGGGUGGAUCUCCAUCCUUCAGGGAAGGUGAUGAUGGCAGUGCAAUAUUUUUUAGAGGAUGUGGAUACAGAAAGUAAGCAUGCUGUCAAGGAGGAAGAGGCUCCUACACUGAACCGUAGACGAGGGGCCAUUAAGCAAGCGAAGAUCCACUUCAUAAAGAACCAUGAGUUCAUCGCUACGUUCUUCAGACAGCCCACUUUCUGCUCCGUGUGCAGAGAAUUUGUGUGGGGACUCAACAAACAAGGCUACAAAUGCAGACAAUGCAAUGCAGCAAUCCAUAAGAAGUGCAUCGACAAGAUCAUUGGCAGAUGCACUGGUACUGCAGCUAACAGUCGGGAUACCGUGUUCCAAAAGGAGCGGUUUAAGAUCGACAUGCCCCACCGUUUCAAGAUCAACAACUACAUGAGCCCCACUUUCUGCGACCACUGUGGGAGCCUGCUUUGGGGUCUGGUCAAACAGGGCCUGAAGUGUGAAGACUGUGCCAUGAAUGUUCAUCAUAAGUGUCAGGACAAAGUGGCCAACCUCUGUGGGAUCAAUCAGAAGCUGUUAGCUGAAGCAUUAACACAAGUCAGUCAGAAAUCCACCCGUCGCUCAGAUCCUAACCUGCCUGGUCUCGCUGAUAUUGGAAUAUAUGAUGAAGUGAACAAACAACCUGUCCUUGAGAACAAUGAUGGAUCUCCUUACGGCAGACUGUGGGAGGGACCUACCCAAAGACCACAGUCUCGUAUCACCCACUUGACUCGUGUCAAUGUUGACAACUUUGUCUUCCACAAGGUUUUAGGAAAAGGCAGCUUUGGCAAGGUCCUCCUUGCCGAACUGAAGGGCCGUGGAGAGUACUUUGCUAUAAAGGCUUUGAAGAAGGAUGUGGUUCUGAUGGAUGAUGAUGUCGAGUGCACUAUGGUGGAGAAAAGGGUCCUAGCUUUAGCUUGGGAAAACCCCUUCCUCACCCACGUUUACUGCACCUUCCAGACUAAAGAGCAUCUGUUCUUUGUGAUGGAGUAUCUGAAUGGAGGCGAUCUGAUGUUUCACAUUCAGGAAAAAGGGCGCUUUGAUCUUUACAGAGCUACGUUUUACUCUGCUGAGAUCUUAUGCGGCCUUCAGUUCUUGCAUUCUAAAGGGAUCAUCUACAGAGAUCUUAAAUUAGAUAAUGUGAUGCUGGAUCAUGAGGGCCACAUAAAGAUAGCUGACUUUGGCAUGUGUAAGGAGAACGUGUUUGGGGAGAAUCGGGCCACGACUUUCUGUGGUACUCCUGACUACAUUGCUCCUGAGAUCCUGCUGGGGCAGAAGUACUCCUUCUCAGUCGACUGGUGGUCAUUUGGGGUGUUGCUGUACGAGAUGCUGAUCGGUCAGUCACCUUUCCACGGCGACGAUGAGGAUGAGUUGUUUGAGUCCAUCCGCAUGGACACUCCCCACUAUCCUCGUUGGAUCAACAAGGAAGCCAAAGAUUUGCUUGAACGGUUGUUUGAGAGAGAUCCGUCGCACAGGCUAGGGGUUGUUGGAAACCUGCGCUCACACUCCUUCUUUAAGACCAUUGACUGGCAGUCCUUGGAGAGGAGAGAGGUUGACCCACCCUUCAAACCCAAAGUGAAAGCACCAAACGACUGCAGCAACUUCGAUCGUGAGUUCCUCAAUGAGAAGGCGCGGCUCUCUUACAGCGAUAAGAAUUUCAUAGACUCCAUGGACCAGUCUGCAUUCGCUGGCUUCUCCUUCAUAAAUCCCAAGAUGGAGCACCUUCUAGAGAAGUGAUAGUUUUCUAUCAUCAGACUCAGGAGUUUCUCCUGUUGUUUUGGGAUCUUUUUUUUCCCAACUUACAGACAAAUAAAGUCUUCCUCAAAUUAAUCAGUAUUUAUGUAACUUUUAUUUGAGGUGCAAACUAUUCCCUAUUGGUACAUAUAGAAACAAAAUGCCUGUACUGUAUAUACUGAUGUCAUCGUCUUUUUGUGCAUGCUUAUUAUUGGUUAUGGCUGUGAAAGCCUUUAUGAAUAAUAAUAAUAUGGUGGGAGGCUGAAAAUCCUAUCCUUUCACUUCAUGUAACAUCAGUGCUACUAUCUUCAGCCUUUGUGUUUCCUUCUUCACCUCCAACUGGGUGUAAAUGGAGAUAGUGAAUAAUAGAAGGAGGAAACGGCUCAUUGUGUAAACAGUACUGUGUAUUUCAGUUGUAGAUUAAUCAUGUAAAUCAGGUGAGUGCAUGUGAAUGGCUCAGAACAACAGCAUUUCAAACUGUAGAUAAAUAAGGAUAUUAUCUCUGAAACCUCUGAGUUGUUGCUUUUGACUUGACCGCUUUAAAGUACAAUAAGAUUCAGCUUAGGUCGUGUUCUUGACCGAAGAUGAAAAGAUUAAAUUUAAACACCACCGGCUGCCCAUUGCUGUAUCGAAUGCUGCUAUAUGUAGAGGCUGGGGAAGUAUUUGAUACAGAGAGAUUGAUAAUAAUGUUAUCUGAAUGUAGCUAUGCAGUCAAGUCUAGCUAAAUUGCUGUGUAAAAAUGUUUUAGAUGUAUAUUUCUGUAACGUGCAUUGGUUCGGUAAUGAUGUAUUUUCCUUUUUUUUUUUACCAUCUCCAUAUUAACAUCCGAUUUUUAAAAAACAGUCAGCUCCUGAGAUUGCUGCUUUUUUGUAUGUAACAAUAAAGCUAUUAGAGGUGUAGCUAUACACAUUCUAUGGGUGAAUUCUUAUUAAAAUGAUCACAUUAGUUUUGAGUUUGUACAUGGGGAACAAAUGUUUUCAACACUUUUAUUUCAAGGUUAAAUAUAUGUAUUUUGUUAGAUAUUUUAUGUAAAAGACCAUCAGAGAAUGAAGCAUAAAUACGAAAUAAAACUAAAGAAACUUAUGGUUAC